UCACUUCCGGUCCUGCGCAGAAGCGACGGGAGCCAAACAUGGCGGCGGUGGUGGAGAAAUCAACGAAAGAGCGUCUGCUGUCUGUGCUGGAUGAUCUGGAGGUCUUAUCCCGGGAGUUGAUCGAGAUGUUGGCUCUGUCCAGGAGUCAGAAGCUGCCUCAGCCUGGAGAGGACACCCAGAUCCUGGAGCUGCUGGUGCAAAGGGACAGGGAGUUUCUGGAGCUGAUGGAGGUAGCUCAGCAGCAGGGGAAAGUUCAUCAGGAGAUGCAGCAGCUGGAGAAGGAGGUGGAGAAGAGAGACAGCGACAUCCAGCAGCUCCAGAAGCAGCUGAAGGAGGCUGAACACAUCCUGGCCACUGCUGUUUACCAGGCAAAAGAGAAACUCAAAUCCAUCGACAAAGCCAGGAAAGGAAGUAUCUCUUCAGAGGAAAUCAUCAAGUAUGCUCACCGAAUCAGUGCCAGUAACGCUGUGUGUGCGCCGCUCAACUGGGUACCAGGUGAUCCACGCAGACCCUAUCCUACUGACCUGGAAAUGCGCAGUGGAAUGCUGGGUCACAUGGCCAACCUGCCGACCAACGGCGUGAAUGGUCAUCUGCCAGGUGACGCUCUGGCUGCUGGGAGGUUGCCAGACGUCUUGACGCCUCACUACCCGUGGCAGUCCUCGGACGUCUCCGUGGGGAUGCUUCCUCCUCACCACGGCAACGACUUCGGCCUGGAGCCUCCGGGUCACAACAAGGAGAACGAAGACGACGUGGAAGCCAUGUCGACCGAUUCCUCCAGCAGCAGCAGCGAUUCUGACUGAAAGACACUCGGUGUGUGAGUGUGUGUGUGCGAGUGCGAGUGUGUCUGUGUGUGUUUGAGAGGUCACCACUGAGCAACAACUGAUCAAAUAUUUACAUCUUUGAUUAGACUAGUGCUUGAGAUUAUCAUGUUAUUUUUCUAUUUGGAUUCUCUCAUUAAUAAUAAGGUUACAUUCAUUCUAGCUCCUCUUCUCAGGACUGUUUAUAACUGGUCCAGUGUGGCCAAGCAGUGAGAGGGUUGAAGAAAUGAUUAUUAUAGUUAUAUCAGUCAGUCGUUCACAUAAGAGAUAAUCUGGGGCAUAUUUAAAGACAUAAUCUGCUGUCUGUGUGGCUUUAAACAGUCAGAGGCAGCUGAUCCUCCAGCGUCAGAGCUUUCAGUGUUUCUACUGACGUCAAGUGAAGGUGUGUGUCACGAUUGUUUGGCCAAUUAUUGGACAUUUUAUUUCAAGGGACAAUUCAACAGUUUGGAAAUUAGUCUCUUUACUUUUUUGCUGAGAUAGAUGAGAAGAUUGAUACCUCUCUUUAACUAUUCCUUAACAGCCUGUUAACAGUUUGAACAUUUAAGUUAAAACAAAUAAGGUACAGUUUAAACACACUGUACAAAUAAGGGUGCCCGAUGUGCUUUAAUUGUAUAUAAUUUAAACACACUGUACAAAUAAGAAAGAUGAACUCCUAUCAUAGACUUCUACAUGAAGAUGUGAUUAUUCUAAUAUCCUUUUUAAAAAAACACGCUGAAGCCAAAAUUUGACCUCUCUUGCUCUUUGGUGACCGGUUACCUGUGUUUGAAGUGUGUAACUCAUUUUUGUCAGUUUUAGCGUGAAUGUCCCACGUGUAUUGUGGGGGUUGUUGAAUAACAAUAUCGGACUAAUGCUGUUAAUUUACCUCUGUGUAAAUAAGAUUGUAAAUAC